GGAGGGGGUCACGUGGGGGGAGGGCGUCUGGCUCGCGCGGUGACAGUUGGCGAGCGACCGUUGACGGCUGUCGGGGCUCGAGCGGUGACCGUUGGGCGGGAGGAGGAGGAGGAGGCGGCGGCGGCCCCGGUCACAGGCACGGCUGCCAUGUUGGGCGUGUCCCUGAACUAUAUCUUGCUGGCGGGGCAGGUGGUGCUGCUGGCGGCCAUCCUGCUGCUCCAGGGCCUGGCCGGCUCCUCCUCACAGGACAUGAACAGCACCGAGCGGCCCGGCCCCGGCCCCGGCUCCGGCCCCGACAACCACAGCCUCUGGGAGUACGAGGAUUCCACCUCUCCCCUCGUGCUGUGCAGCUUCCUGCCAGAGGAGUUUGUGGAGUGCAAAGAGCCAGUAGACCUGGCAGGAAAUGCAACGGCGCAAAGUGAACAAGGGCAUGGAUGUGUAAAGUUUGGUGGACAAGCCUAUAAUGAUGUAGAACAUACAAAAGUCCAAUGUUCGGCAUUGAAGAAUAUCGAGUGUGCAGGCCCGCGAAGCUUUCUUCGAGGAAAAGUGCCAUGUAUCAAGUACACCGGACACUACUUUGUUACAACAUUGCUCUACUCCUUUUUCUUGGGCUGCUUUGGAGUCGAUCGAUUCUGCUUGGCACACACUGGGACUGCAGUGGGGAAACUGUUGACUCUCGGAGGACUUGGGAUAUGGUGGUUUGUGGACCUAAUCUUGCUCAUCACAGGAGGUUUGAUGCCCAGUGAUGGCAGUAACUGGUGUGUAUACUACUGACCUUUCACAAGACGUGAACUUGAAGGCAGAGAGAAGACAUACAAUGAAUAAACCAGUGAUACAGUCUCUCUCUCUUUCUCUCACAUCCAUUUCCUCUGCAAAUAUGUCAUUACAUACUGGGCCCGAGUUUUCUUUCUCCCAACAUCUAAUUCAUUCUGGUGAUGUGUUUAAGAGACAUAGAGAUCUUGUAUUGUGAGCUGCAGUAGUAUUUUUUAAAACAUUUUUUGUAAAUAUAACCUGUGCAAUGCUCUCUCCUUCUGUACUUUAUUUUCCAUUUGAAUUUACAACGUGACGUUGAGUUUACAUAUAGCUUUAUUGAAAUGUUUAAAGUGAAAAUUAAAGGGAUGUGACAUUUUUAACUUAGUAUUGUUUCUUGCCUUGGCUUUUGAUUCAUGUUUGUUUCUGCUAAAUUAAAAUACCCUACAUUUCUAAAGUGUAUAACUGCCAACUUUGCCAAGAUAACUCCUGAUGUGAAAGGUGCAAUAUUAAUCUCAGUAAAUUGUAUCGAGACUUAUGUAUAAAUUGUAGAUAUUUAAUAAGCAAUUGAUAAGACUUGUAGUGGACUGAUUUAACAGUGCUACAGCCAAAAAUUAGACAUGUGUUAAGAAAUCAUUAAGAAAUUAAAUUAAUUUCAUCACGUAAUCAAUUGAUUGUACUAAGGACAGCAGAGGCCACUACACAAAGAUUGAUAUGAUUAGAGGAAAGUAAUUUAAAAUACAAAGCAAAUUCAUCUUGA